AUGACCAAGUCUCCGAAGAAAGCUCCCUAUGGGUCCUGGAAGUCGCCUAUCAUUGCCGACCACGUCGUGAACAGUCCGGGGCGUAGUCCUGACGAGCUACUCGUCGAUGCUGUAACGUCGGAGCGCUAUCAUCUCGUAGGACGGCCAGCGGAGGGCGGGCGAUCGGCGCUGGUGCAUACGGAGAGUGGCAAGGAUGUGCUGCCUGGCAAGGAGUGGAAUGUGAGGACGGGGGUGCAUGAGUAUGGUGGGGCGCCAGCGGUUGUGCGUGACGGGACCAUCUACUUCUCGCAUCGCAAGGAUAAUCGGGUCUAUCGCUUUCGUGAGGGGGAGCAGGAGCCGGUCGCGGUGACGCCUGAGAAGCCCGAAUAUCGGUAUGCGGACUUCGACGUGCAUCCCAACUACCCACAUCUGCUUGUGUCCAUCCUGGAGGACCACACACACGAUACACCCUCCACGGUGGUCAAUACUCUCUGCAUCAUCGACACGAAUACCAAGACCGUCUCCCCUCUCGUAUCUGGCGCAGACUUCUACGCCCAGCCACGCUUCGCGGCCGAUGGCGCGCAUCUUCUUUGGCAACAGUGGUCGUUCCCCGACAUGUCCUGGGAAGGCGCGGAGAUCUAUGUCGCCGAUGUAUCGGUCGCGGAGGGCAAGGCCGUCACUGUAGCUAACACGAAGCACGUCGCUGGCAAGCCGCGCAAGAUCAGCGCGUAUUACCCCUCCUGGAUUUCGAACGACACUAUCCUCUUCCUGUUGGACGUGUCCGGGUACUACAACCCGUGGACUUACAACCUCGCCACGCAGCAGGCGCGCCCCAUCCUUCGCGAACCGAUUCCAGAGGACUUUGGCGGCUCGGCGCCAGCUUGGCAACUGGGAUGGACGUUCUACACUGUUCUCCCUGGCAGCAACCACGCCGUCUUCACCGCGAUGCGCGACGGUCGCAGCGUGCUGUAUCUCGUCGACCUGCAGUCUGGCGAGCACACCACACUCGACAGCCCCUACACCAUCGUCGAGUUCAUGCACUGGGUUCCCGCGGAGAAGAAGAUCAUAUUCCAGGGUAGCGUGCCCAACGACAACUUCAAGACGGUGUGGCUAUCUGUCACGCCAGCGUCUCCCCUCAGUAAAUCGAAAUACAGCUUCGAGGUGGUACCGGACAAGAGUGGCAAGCCGUCGGCGCUGGCGGGGCUAUCGGCUGGCUAUGUCUCCUUGCCGCAAGGACUGACGCUGGAUGCGCCGAAUGGCGACGCUGUGUACGCGAUUUACUGGCCGCCCGCGAACCCAGAGUAUGAAGGACUGGAGGGCGAGGCUCCGCCCUGUGUCGUGAGCCUGCACGGUGGGCCGACGAGCGCGGCUCAACCGGUCUGCAGCCUUGGGAGAUUGUACUUCACCAGUCGUGGGUUUGCUUGGCUAGAUGUGCAGUAUGGAGGCAGCUCUGGGUACGGUCGCGCGUACCGGGAACGUCUCAAUGGAACAUGGGGCGUGACGGACAGGGAGGAUACCCUUCACGUCGCAAGGGCUGUCGCAGCGAAAGGUCUAGCUGACCUCAAGCGCCUCGUUGUGCGUGGUGGCUCCAGUGGAGGAUACGUCGUCCUAUCCGCCAUAUCCUUCUCAUCGGACCCUACCCUAUUCGCGGCGGCGAACUCGUUGUAUGGUAUCUCGGAUCUGACCGCGCUGGCCAGCGAUACACACAAGUUCGAGAGCCGAUACGUCGACGGGCUUCUGGCUAACAUCAAUGAGAACCCGGGGGUGUUCAAGGAGCGCUCGCCCGUGCAACACGCGGACAAGAUCGUCACACCGCUGCUGCUCCUUCAGGGCGACGAGGACCGGGUAGUGCCCAAGUCGCAGUCCGACAUGAUCUACGAGAGCAUCAAACGCAGGGGCGGCGUCGUUGAGUACCAAGUAUACCCGGGUGAGGGCCAUGGGUUCAGGAAAGCAGAGCAUGUAAAGGACGCGACGGAAAGGGAGCUCGCCUUCUAUCGGCGAAUUCUGAACAUCGGCGCUGAUGACGCAGACCGCGCCCCGCCUGGUGCGGGUGCGUACGACACGUUCGUCGUCGUGCACGGGCUGGGAUUUAAUGCGAACGUUUUCGAGCGCAUGAUGGCUAUUGCGCCUACCCGCGGUAUCCGCAUCGUCGCAGUCAACCGGCGCAAUUAUGCGGGGUCGACACCGUACUCGGCCGAGGAGGCAUCGGUUUUUGCACGGGGUUCGGCAGCGCAAAGAAGGGACCUCAUGGUGGACGAGGGCGCGCGCCUGGCGGGCUUCAUUGCCGCUCUCGCUCGUCGCAUAGUACCUCAACGAGAGGGCAGUAUGCAGGUCGUGGCCUGGAGCCUGGGAAAUGCUUAUCUGCUGGCCAUACUAGCAUCCGUAGGCCUUCUCGACCCGGACGACCGACAAACAUUAUGCAGACACCUCGGUUCCGCCACACUCUUUGACGCGCCCGUAGGUGCGCUUGGCUUCGAGAAGUACGCGGGCGAGACUCCCAUAACGGACGACGUGCCGCCGGAGCAACGAGGCAUACUCUUCAUGCGCUGGGUGACGAGCUACUACACGCACGACCUGCGCUCUCCCGCUCGGCAAAUGAGCCAGCUACGGAAGCUGCAGGCUGAGGCUGACCCGCACCGCCGUCCGUCGAUCGAGAACAUACCUCUAGAGGCCCUUGCUCGCAUAGGCAGCUUCCCGGCAUCGCAGGCGGCGGACGCACACGUAUGCUCAGAGGGCUUCCAAGGCGUGCUCGCCGACCUGCGGCGCAUAGCGCUGCACGACUCGCAUACGGCCUAUAUGUGGGGUGGUCUCCGCGUCGCCUAUCUCUGGGGAGAGUGCAGCAACUGGAAUGUGGUUUGGGGCGCCUGGAUGGUAGAGGCGGCGGCGAAGGAGGCAGGCGGAGGGUCGCCUGUGAAGUUCAAGAUGUUGAAGGGCGCGAAUCACUUCGCGAUUUGGGACGCGCCGGCGCAGACCAUGGACUGCUUCCUGGACUGCAUUCACUGA